UUCAGGUAAUAUUCAUGACACACCCAGGUAUGCUAUUUGAUUUAGCAUUAAGCCAAGAGAAGACAUGGAUGACAAUUCGAGAGUAUGAGAUCUGAAAGAGAGCAGUAACCGCAUCGAUUCGUAUGUCUCUGAGGGAAUUUCCCCAUGCUUCGGUGGUAGACUGUGCUACAGUGACUUCAUACCCAGUGCAGGACUAUGGAUACUGCAUUGGUUUUUUUACGUCAGGACCUUAGACUGCUGGAGCAUGGAGAAGAAGACACUCGUGGGAACUUGUCUAGCAGGGUGGAGAUGCAGAGGAUCUGCAGAUUCUUCAGAGUAACCCGAAGAGCAGCAAUGAACUGGGGUGUGUAUGAAGCUCUGCUGACAGGUGUCAAUAAAUACUCCACUGAAUUUGGUCGGGUUUGGCUCUCCAUCGUUUUUAUAUUUCGCAUCUUGGUAUAUGGAGUAACUGCGGUCCGUGUUUGGGGAGAUGACCAAAAAGACUUUGACUGCAACACUCGACAGCCAGGUUGUUCCAAUGUCUGCUAUGACAACUACUUUCCCGUGUCCCACAUUCGGCUGUGGGCUUUACAGCUCAUCCUAGUCACUUGCCCUUCUCUUCUUGUUGUGAUGCAUGUUACCUAUCGGGAAAAUCGAGAGAGAAAACACAUGGAAAGAUUGGGAGAAAAAUGUGAGAAGCUCUACAAAGACAUAAGCAAAAAGAGAGGUGGCCUAUGGUGGACCUAUCUUUUGAGUCUUCUAGUGAAAGCUGCUGUCGACGUAACUUUCAUUUAUAUUUUUCAUCGACUCUAUACAAAUUUCUUUCUUCCUCGGCUAGUGAAAUGCACGCUUAGUCCAUGUCCCAACACAGUAGACUGUUUCAUCUCCAGACCAUCUGAAAAGAACAUCUUUACUCUCUUCAUGAUCAUUACAUCUGCUUUGUGCGUCCUUCUGAACCUUGUGGAAGCAUCCUAUCUUAUAGGGAAAAAAUGUAGAGAGACUAUGCAAGCCAGAAAGCACAAAGCUUUGGGAGAGACAUGCUCUGAUCAUUGUGUCAAUGUUUCUAAGCAACAAUGCACAGACAAAAAUUGUAAGACACAAGUCACAAGUAUUGAUUCUUAAGUAUGCCACGGCAGUAAAGACAAACAGUGUACAUGGACAUUAUCAACCAACAGUUGCUUCAUUUUAUGGAUUUAAUUCAGAUACUGUUAGUAUACAGAAUAUCUAGAAACUUAUUUUGCAACAUUUGUAUUGUAUAUAGCUUAGCAUAUUUAUUAAAUUCCCCCAAAAUGUUAUGUUAAGUUUGUAAUGAGAUUUUUUUACAUUCAUGUUUAUAUUAAACAGCUUAUUAAAGUAUUUUAAGGAGAAAA